ACUUGACUGGCAGCGCCGGGUGAGGAGGAGUAGCGGUCGGAGAGUUCACUUUGCCUUUGUGGGAGUGUUGUACUACAUUACGCGAACCACUGAAAGACAAGUUGUAAGCAAAGUUAAGGAUUUCAAUUCGGCUGCCGUUGACAACAUUCGAGGAUAUCCGUGCGGAUAUCAAACUUUUUUUCCGCUUGGUUUCGCGGUACUUUUACUUUCCUUGUAUGAAGCGACUCUAGUGUGACUCGACUGGCCCUAAAAGAAUCCAUAUCUGGUCAAAGUAUUCAACUGUCACAAAGCGGGACCCGUUCGCUAUAAAUAGCCCGGAUAAGCAGUGGAGGAGACUUCCUUUUGAAAACGUCGCUGGGCACUUAGUUGCCUUUUUCUUUACGUUAUUUGGGGAGUCGCUGGGAUUCUAUCGCGCCGCCAUGUCCACCUCCUAUAAGAAGGAAGUAGUGAACUACAGGGACGUGGACGAGGAUGAACUACUGAAGAAACUCUCAGAGGAAGAGCUACAGAGGCUGGAGGAUGAGCUGGAGGAGUUAGACCCCGACAAUGCCCUGUUGCCGGCCGGGAUGAGGCAGAAGGAUCAGACCAAGAAGGCGCCGACCGGAACCUUCCAGAGAGAGAACCUGGUAGCCCACCUGGAGAAACAGGCUAAGGAACACCCUGACAAGGAGGACCUGGUUCCGUUCACUGGAGAGAAGAGAGGUAAAGUCUUUAUACCUAAGAAGGUGGUGGACCCCAUUAUGGAGAACGUAACUCUGGAGCCAGAGCUGGAGGAGGCACUGGCCAACGCCAGCGACGCUGAGAUCUGCGACAUUGCCGCCAUUUUGGGAAUGCACACUCUGAUGAGUAACCAGCAGUACUACGAGGCUUUGGCCAGCAGCAAUAUAGUCAACAAACAAGGCCUUAACAGCGUUAUCCAGUGUACUCAGUAUAAGCCUGUGCCUGAUGAGCAGCCCAACUCUACUGACGUGGAGGAGACGCUGCUGAGGAUGCAGAGGAACGACCCUGACCUGCUGGAGGUCAACCUUAACAACAUCAAGUGCCAUGCUCUACCAACUGAGCCACACGGGACCCCCAUAGGAGACACGCAUGUACCACACUAUUCUCAGUCUGACUUCAAGAGGUCAGGGCAAACCUCUACCCUGGAGUCAACAUUUGAUAACAUUCCAGUGAAGACGCUGAAGGCCUAUGCAGACGCCCUGACGGAGAACACUGCAGUGGAACGCUUCAGCCUCGUGGGAACCAGGAGUAAUGAUCCCGUAGCCUUUGCUCUGGCAGAGAUGCUGAAGGGGAACACCACACUGAAGAGUCUGAACAUAGAAUCCAACUUCAUCACAGGGACGGGUAUCAUGGCUCUCAUCGCCUCACUGCAGUCCAACACAACCCUGCAGGAACUCAAGAUCGACAACCAGAGCCAGCCGCUGGGUAACAAGGUGGAGAUGGAGAUAGCCAGCAUGCUGGAGAAGAACACCACGUUGUUGAAGUUUGGCUACCACUUUACCCAGCAGGGACCCAGGCUGAGGGGCUCCAACGCCAUGAUGAACAACAACGACCUGGCUCGGGUAAUCCGAUCCGAUCAUCACUCGGACGGUUCCUUUACUCUCACUCUGUCCGUGCCGGAACUGGAGAGGGCAUUUGGUAAAAAGUUCAAGCCGAAACUCACCAAGACCAAGAAAUAAGAAAGAGAAGGCUUGAAGGCGGUCCCAUCUUCCCCAAGUGUCGGACAAGCGUGUAGCGCCGCCAGGCGCUGCCCGGCCCCGCCCAGCCCUGUAUUCAGCCAGACGCCCUCCAACAGAUAUCCCAUCAACCCCUGCUUUCCCCAACCCUAACCUCGACACCUCCGCGAUGACCGAAAUCGUUCCAAUUCGAAUGUCAGGGCCGUUGGCAAACCUUGUUCCUACUGUGGCAUGGAGUUGAUCUACUAUUGUACUAUUGUUUCUCUCACAGUUUUCUACUGAUAUUGGUUUAGAUAUCUUCGGUAAUUAUAUUAUCUGGUAAUUGUGACAUAGAGAAGCCGCCCACCUAUUCAGAAAGUAUUUAUUUUGUUGUUAGUUUGUUUACUGGAGAUGAACUUGUGGUGGUGGAAGAUUAAAUGGUGUUACAACCAUAAGGUGUAUUGUACCACGUGCCAUGGGCAACAGGUAGCCUAGUGGUUAAGAGCGUUGGGCCAGUUACCAAAAGGUCGCUGGUUCAAAUCCCGAGCCGACUAGGUGGGGGAAAAUCUGCCAAUUUGCCCUUGAGCAAGGCACUUCACCCUAAUUGCUCCAGUAAGUCACUCUGGAUAAGAGUGUCUUCUAAAUGACUCAAAUGUAAAUUACUUAACUUGGUUAUGACGUUAGUACCACAUGAUGUAUUUUAGCAUUUCGCAACCACUUAACGUAAUGUUUUUCAGUGUGAUGUUCCUAUAAGAUACGUUUUUAGUCUGCAACUCACACUGUCUGUAAGCAAAGGCACAUAACGGUUACAUAGAAGCUAUGUUCAGAGGAAUUGUUGCAGAUUUAAAAACACUUUGGGGUGUAAGUUGUUUGUUUGUCCAAGUUUACCCCCAUGGAGACAGCCACAAGAAGCUGGUCCGAGAUCAGUUUGUCCGCUAUUGUGUAAAUUCUGUAGUAUUACUGAUCUCAAGUCAGUUUAAGUCUUCUCAGUCAAAUCUUACACAGAGAGAGGUUACUACUAAAAGCGUUGGUUCUAGAUCAGUUUUGUGACGAAGUCGAUAUCUGCUACGAUCCUUUAUUGAUGUCACUUGUUAAAAUCCACUUCAGAUCAGUGUAGAUGAAGGAGUGGAGACAGGUUAAGUAAGGAUUUUGAAGCCUUGAGACAAUUGAGACGUGGAUUGUGUAUGUGUACCAUUCAGAGGGUGAAUGGGCAAGACAAAAGAUUUAAGUGCCUUUGAACGGGGUAUGGUAGUAGGUGCCAGGUGCACCGGUUUGAGUGUGUCAAGAACUGCAACGCUGCUGGGGUUUUCACGCUCAACAGUUUCCCUUGUGUACCACCCAAAGGACAUCAAGCCAACUUGACACAACUGUGGGAAAUAUUGGAGUCAACAUGGGCCAGCAUCCCUGUGGAACGCUUUCGACACCUUGUAGAGUCCACGCCCAGACCGAUUGAGGCUGUUCUGAGGGCCAAAGGGGGUCAAACUCAUAAGGAAGGUGUUCCUAAUAUUUUGUACACCCAGUGUAUAUUAGAAGUUUGUUCACAAGUGUAUUGGUCACUGAUGGACAAACUGAUCUAGGACCAUCUCUUAGUGGCUGUCUCUAUGAGGGUGGGUUGACUGAAUCAGUACUUACACCCGGCAGAUGUGAUGACUUGUCAUCAUGGCAAGUUAUGAUCAAUUAUGUUAAAUUAUUACUUGAGUUACACAGUAAAGGGAGUUGCAGCAUUCCCCCUCCCCAUUUUUCAGUUACACUGGUAGAAAUGCUCUUAGUUGAAUGUGUCUGCAACCCAAAAAGUGUGCAAACUAAGAAUUCACUGUCAUCACUGUAGCCUAUCAAAGCCCAAGAAAAAGCAUGAAGACAAACGACCUUUCCUGCCUGUUGUAAGGUCCUAUGAGAUUAUUCCUUAAUGAACACUCCUUCGGGUAUUGUUGCUAUGUGGCCAGGUAUCAGGGGUGUCAGGGGAGCACUGAUGACUAAAUUCAAUAUCCUAUCAUUAAAUCCAUGUAAAAUAAACAAUAUAUAUUAUAUUGGAUGAGGGGGAUUAUGUGCCCCCUCAGAAUCAAAGAGCAUGACGCAACUGAUUAGGUAUAUUACUGUAUGGUCAAAAGGGACAACUAUGGUGUGUACAACAACCCAUCCCCGUAUGAACUACUGCUGAAUAUGACUGUGUUCUCCUUGCCCUAGCCUGGCUGUUGUUUCUUCUCUACAGUAUUUGCUUGAGUAUUGAGUAUGUUUUUGUUAGAUAGUUCACUUUAUUGUUGUUUUUUGUUCAUGGAUAAAUCGGGUUUGAAAG